AACAACGCCAUGCGCCACAAGCAGCCCAUUCCCCCAUCCCCUUCACUUCGCCCACACCCACCACCAUUGCACCACCACAUUCCCCCACCGCCACCAUCCGCCAGCCGCCAUGACCGCCACCUCCAUCUCCGCCGCCUGCUGUGAAUUCCUUCUGCCACGCCGCCGCCUCGCCCCUCACGCACCACCAUUCCCGAGGCCCGCCUUCGGCCCGUCCGUGCCCUCAAAUUCCCCCACGGUGGGCCGACCGCCGCGCGCUCACCAUGUUGCCGUUCCUCGCGCGCAAUCAUCGUCGCACGGCAAUCACGACGAUCGCCAGGAGCUAGAGCAGCGAGCCACGUCUCUAUCCCGCCGGGAUGCCCUUCUCUCCCUCGCGCUGCUCCCCCCCGCUCUCUCCGCCUCCGCCCUCGUCGCCCCAUCGCCGUCCAUCGCCGCGUCGCCGCCGGCCCCCGACACGACGGUGACGCAGCGCGCGUUCCUCGACUUCGCCCUGUGCCCCACAGCCGUGCGCCUCGACCGCACGCUGGGCGACGACACGCUCAUCUGCACCGACGGCGCUCCGCUGGGGCGCGUCGUGCUGGGGCUGUACGGGCGGGCGGCGCCCGACACCGUGGCGCAGUUCGCGCGCAUGGUGGCGGGGGAGGCGGGGUCGACGUACAAGGGGUCCGUGAUCCACCGGUCGCUGCCCGGGCAGUACGUGCAGGCGGGCCACCAGGGGCAGGUGGCGCGGGGGGACGUGCCCCCGCCCACGCUGCUGCCGCCCAACCGCGACACGGUGGCGGCGGCGUCGUUCGCGCUGAGCCACCUGCGGCCCGGCACGGUGUCGCUGUGCGUGGGGGAGAACGAUGAUGAGGAGCGCGCGCGGGCGCGCAGCAGCUACCGCAACGUGGAGUUCCUCAUCACCACCGGCCCUGGCCCCGCCACUCAGCUGGACGGCGACAACAUAGUCUUCGGCACCGUGCUGCAAGGCAUGGAGGUGAUAGCAGCGGUGGCGGCGGUGCCCACCUUCCAGCCCAGUGACCGCAUCCGCCAGUUCAACGACUUCGCCACGUUGCUAGGGGACGACCGCGCCGCCAAGGGCAGGGGCACGUGGAACCGCCCGCUUAAAGCCAUCGUCAUCACCGACUGCGGGCUGCUGGACUGACCAUGAACUAUGGGGGUGCAGGGAGGGGCCAUGACAUAUUCCCCCUGCAAACCCCCAUGCAUGCAUAACCCCAUGCAUGCAUGCACAUUCAGCCGAAAUCGCUGCCAACUGCUCUAGCGAGGCACACAGAGCACGCGUACAUGCCAUGUUUGAACCCCAGCCAGUCGCUGCCCCGUUCUGGAGGCACACAGUUUUGAUCAGUCUGGUAUUCGGUCAGCCCGGGUGACCGGCGGCCGCACCAGUAGCUGGGCAUGGUGCCCAGCCCAGAGUCGCUGACCCACCUGCUCCCCUCCCCGUCUUUCUCGGAGAUGUUCAGAGGGGUUAUGGAAGACU